GGUAUGCGCAUUGACGCCAUCCGCCAUGGAGAAAUUUUUGUUGUCUGCAGCCUCGAGAUGGAGGAAAAUGUCCGCCAUUACCAGUUUUCGUUAAUGUUUGUGUUACGAAACUUCAAGUAAAAGUGCAACGCCUGUGCUGUGAUACAGAAAUAGUAAGGAUGCGGUCUUACUCAUUGUGGUGUUUGAUGUAAGGUGCGGUCCACUUGAGGCGCUAUCUGAUGUGGUGUGCUUUGUGCUGUAUGAAGUAGUUCGGAUUCAGGGCUGGACGAAAACCUAACUGCGGUUAAAACGGACGUGUCUGUCACGUGGUUUGCCGCGUUUCUAGACUUUAUUACACUAAUUGGGGAUUGGUCCAAGUUUGAAUGCCUUCCUGGAUAUAUGAUUUCUCCGAUGUGUGCUGAGGAUUAUGUGCGUCCGUUGGUCAUAGAAUGGAAGCGAUCUGGAACGGGUGAGUCUCAAGAGGGGCAACCUCGCUGCUCAGGCGACGGCUUGCUGUGCCGGUGGAACAAUAUUGAAAGACAAACAAGGCGUCCUGCGAUCACGUGGUGUUAUUGUUAAACGCAUCGCUUCACGGCCUUUGUUCUUUUCAUUCAAAAUUUGACCCGUUGGUCACGGGACGAACAAACGGGUUCGCGGGAAGUUUGGCUCCCUCCAAACCUCGGUCGGCGGCGCCAGGUUUCCCGAAAUUGAUCGCGCUGAGGUCGCAGAUCCCCUGGUUGUGGCGCGCGUAUCGAUGGGAUCGCGUGCAUGUUGUCGCCGGUCUCCUUCAGGAUAUGUUGCAUAGCAGCUAUGGCCCCCGCGCUGACGGAAGCGGCUAGCCAGGCAGAAAGUUUCAGCUUGCCCCACUCCCCGGCGUCGUCGACCAUCUGUAAUAGCAACCCGACUUCGCCGCCCACUAACGAGCGUACCGUCUCCAACGGCAGCAGUAAGGACCUGACCCGUCGGUUUCGGGACAAGCACCGCAUACUCUGGGACAGUGUAAACUUCGCGGCUCUCGCCAAUGUGAAGCUCAAACAGCUCCGAGAGGGCUUUCACGACGCUGAUGCUGUCCUCAAAGCCAUGAACGCCAAAGACAACAUGGGCCUCACUAAUGGUAAUGACUCGCUGCACAGUCCCCCUGCCACUCCGACCGUCGUGUCGUCACCUAGUCAACCAUACAAGGAAACCGUUGUACAGUCGCCGGUGACGUUCCCGCCAGAUCGGCCGCAGACACCCUGCACGGAAACCUAUGAGGAACUCGUCGAACGUGCCCGAGCUCGUAAAAGCGUACUCGAGCGACGAUCUGAGCGUCUGCAUAGACGGAUUCGGCGGCUGCAGCUCCGUCAGGCGAUACAACACUGCAACACACAGUUGGGAGGCUUUUUGGAACACCAGCAGAAGUCUCUCGCGAUACCAUGUCUCAUGCCGCAGGCCCAACGCUUAUUACACCGGAAGCUACGAGACGGGGCCGACAUAAAAGCAGAACUGCUGCUACAGAACGAGGAUGUCAAGAACUUGUCUACAGCGGCACUCGUAAGCUUAGUGCGAAAAUUAGAAGAGUCGUCGCAAGGUGCACCAAGUACACCUGCCAGAUUGCCGGAGUUGGAACGGGAGGAGUGCGACCGUGUUUCCGGUACACUACGAACCACGCUGAGCCAUCAAGAGCGGGUUGUUGAUUCCGACGCCACGGCGAGUAGUUCGGGUGGUGAAAGUUGUGACGAAGCUGAUGUGCGAGACACCGUGGAUACCUUUGGAACACCUACUCCGACGACAGAUUCAGCGCCGCGAAGCAAACCAUCAAUCCGGCAAUCUGCAGCUUGGACUUGGGUUCUAGAACGUGCAGCAGUGGCAUCACGCUGGACGUGGCUGCAAGCGCAAGUGGCGGACCUCGAAUUCCGUAUACGACAACAGAACGACAUCUGCCGACAGCUGAGACACGCCAAAGGACGACUUCGACUCGAAGGGGAACCUCAGCUUCCCAAUGAUGUCCUGGCGACGACGAACAAACGACCGUUUGGUCCAGGUUCCCAAGAGAACAUGACCACGACAAAAGUGACGACGCCCACAGCUAACGGCAUGGUUCCCGGUGCUCAGGAUCUACCGGGCUGCAGUCGGACAAGGCCCCUCGUGAAUUUUCGCAAGAGAAAAGUGGUUAGCUCGACUGUGGCGUCGGCCGUGGCGUCAGUGUCGCCGCUCGGCAGGAAGACCGCUCGCCUGGGCGGAGCGUCGUCGACGACGGUACAGUGUGACUGCAGAUCAGUGUCGUCGUGCCAGGCGUCGCCGUGCCCCCUGUGCGCAGGCAGAUACAGUGUUCUGCGGCAGUUGGACCCUGAUGCCAUGCCUCAGCGGGAGCGGGCGGCUCUCCUGGACGCCGGCUUUCACCCCGUGCUCUCCUUCCGGAACGACAUGCCAUUAAACCUGCAUUUUGAAAUGCUGCUGCGAACGGGAGAGCUACAGAAGUUGGCUUUGAAGGCAUCAGCGUCACUGAGGAAGAAAUCGAGGCUGGCACAGGUGUCUGGUUUGGCCAUUGACCAGGCGCGGAAGAAGAGCAGAAAGUUGGCCCACAAUGCAGCCCAAUCACUGUUGUCUUCUGCCAAAAUGCGAAGACAUCACAGUGAAAAGAAACGAGCAUAUCGAAGACACGUGGACAGAGAGGUGCUAGAUGAUGACAGCUCUGACAGCCGUUUUAGGCGUUCGGACACCUAUUCUCUCGUGUCUAUGAAACAUCGGGAGCGCCAGCGUAGCCUUUCUACGGCAUCCAGUGGCAGCUCUAAGGCCGCAUCGCCUGUGCCAUCUCCUGCACCCUGUUCAGGGGAGGGCACAAUAGGUCAGCGGUCGAUACUACAGGAUGUGCUUCGAAGGCGACGAGGGGAGAAUGCAUUUGACAUCAACAAUAUUGUUAUCCCCUACAGCCUGGCGUCUGCCACUCGCGUAGAACGCCUUCCUUACAAAGAAAUCCUUACACCAAAGUGGAGGGAGUUGACUGAAGAGGAAUUGAAUGGCACCCUCCAGGUGGAUCCUCUUGAAUCAAAAGAAGAGGUGGAAGACCUGUCGGACGAAGCUUUUACUGUUCGCCAUAACGUGUGCGAGGAAGAAGAACGCCACAGGUUUGCGGGACUUCUCUCCAAAUCAAAUGCUGUGUCACAGCUCCCACAUCCCAACUCUCAACUCUCCCACCCACCACGUGGAGGGCGCUCUCGGCUGCGUACCCAAGACAGCUGCUCCGAAGUCGUGGACAUUAUGGAAUCUCCAGUCAUGUCACCAGCUGAAGAGGACUGGUACGAGGUAGCCCCCUAUGAGCUGCGCACUUUCCCGCUCUGCGACGAAGAUGUCAGCAGCAUGCUCGAAUCAUCUCCACACCUAAGGCCACCCACACCACCCUCGGAACGGCCUUCGACUCCACCGCCCGGUUCCCCGUCUCCCGCGUCGCCGACUUCGAGUUACCCCCCUCCAGAUUCUCUGUCACAGAGCCUCGCAUCACCAGGUUCCCCACCGCCAGUCACACUGGCCGCUUCGGCGUCACUUCAGUUGACCUCUCAACUUCCAUCCUCUCCGGCGUCCUCUCUGUCGAGUCUCCCUCCAGGAGAAGAUCCAAAUGAUCCAGAGUGGACUGUCGUCAAUUCUGAGAAGAAGCAGAACCUUGUCUUGAAGCUGGCCAAGAGAUAGCCAGUGAUCUGUCGUUUCGAGAACCCUCCCGCGGUGAGGCAACGUUGAGACAACGUUGAAGAAGCACGUAGUGGGGCAUUGUUUUGUGUGAGACAACUUGCAGAGCUGAGGGCAUUUGGUUCAACAUGAUACAGUACCUGUCACCAUGUCUGCUUCUUUGGUGUUGAUCGUAGCGGCCGAUCCUCUUUCGUUUGUUUGUUACAAGCACUGUGAUGCCAUUGGUGUGCAAAGGACAUACAGUAGACUGAGCCUUGCAUUUGACAGUGAUGGACACCUACUCUGACCAGAGUUCUGUGCUGCAAUCUGAACUGACCCGUAUAGGUAGCAGUUGCAGCUGUGCUGCUUCCAUUAACUGGGAGCUGUUGGUAGUGUUGGCAAGAUUUUCUUUGCUUGUUUAUUUGUUGUAUUUUCUUUUUCAUUGUGUGUGUAUGUAAUGUACAUAUAUAAUAUAUAUACACACAUACA